AUGCGAUUGGCGAUAAUAUCCACUGGCUUCCUCCAGCUGUGUGCUGCCAUACCAGCAGCCAACCGAAAAGCAUGCCAGUAUCCCACCGAGAAUCCUCUCGACGGAUGUCCCCAAAACACGCUCCUUGUCGGCCCACGAAGCAACUUCUCCACCAUCCAAUCCGCCGUCCUAAGUCUCCCCCAUGACGAAACCCCCUACAAUAUCCUCAUCCUCCCCGGCACCUACACCGAACAAGUCAACAUCACACGCCCGGGACCCGUCUACCUCCUCGGCCAAACCGCCCACCCCGAAAACCGAACCAAAAACACCGUCAACAUCCUCUGGCAUAACGCCACGGGAGCCGGCCUCUCAACCCUCGACAACGCCUACACCUCUGUCCUAACCGUCGCCCCAACCCUCAACGCCAGCCUCACCGGCUCCGGCCCAACAGGCUUCCCCGUCCCACCCUCCACCCCCUUCGGCAACACCGACUUCCGCGCCUACAACCUAAACUUCACAAACGAUUACCUCCCUUACUCCUCCGGCCCUUCCCUCGCAAUAUCCGUCAGCUACGCAAACACAGGUUUUUACUACUGCGCCUUCCACUCCUACCAAGACACUCUAUACGUUGGCAAGCUGGGCAACGCGUACAUCUACGCUUCUGAAAUCGCGGGCCAGACGGAUUUCCUGUACGGAUUUGGUACUGCGUGGAUCCAGUCUAGUCUCCUUACGCUACGGGGCUGUGGCGGAGGCAUUACGGCGUGGAAGGGCACGAAUACGACGUUUGAGAAUCGCUAUGGCGUGUACAUUCACGAUUCCGAGUUGAAGAAGGAGAAUGCGACACUGGCGAUUCAGGCCAAGUGUGCGUUGGGCAGGCCCUGGAAUGCGUUGCACCGGUCCGUCUUUGCGAAUUGUGACAUGGAUGAUUCGGUGUUGCCGGCGGGGUAUAUAAAGUGGAGUGCGGCGGAUCCGAGGGUCGGGGUUAAUACGACCAUGGCGGAGUACAAGAGUCACGGGCCGGGGUGGGAUGAGGCUGCGCGGAAGAGGAGCAAUGUUAGUAUUGUGUUGGGGGAGAGGGAGUAUAGGGAUUAUAAGAGGGUGGAGACGGUGUUUCAGUAUCCGUUUUCGGGAGAGUUUGGGAAUACGGGGUGGAUUGAUAUGGACCCGGGGCGGUAA